AUGUCAGAUAGCUAUUAUAGGAAUAUGCACAAGCAUCGUCCUUUCAAAGAUGUAGAAUCCGAAAGAGAAGAUUUCGAUAUAUCAAUCCAACCUCAAACUACUAAAGUUCCUGAACCAAAUUUCAUUCCUGGACAAGGAUUGAACAAUCUUCCUUAUUCGAAAGAUUUCGAAGCGAAACAAGAUGGAUUCAAAAGUAUCAUUCCUGAAGAACAAGAGAAAUCUGAUAUAUACAAGAUGAUGAUUUCAGGUAUAACCCCAAGACCAAUUGCUUUCGUCUCGACAAUGGAUGAGAACGGCAAUUCGAAUCUCGCUCCAAUGUCAUAUUUCAAUGCGGUCGGUCACAAUCCCCCAACGAUCAUGAUAAGUAUAACCGGUGGUAAACACGAAGAUGGAUGGAAAGACACGAAUCAUAAUAUCAAAACGACGAAAGAAUUCUGCGUUUCGAUUAUUUCCGAACCUUUCUUAGAAGCUGCAAACUACACAGCUGUAGAUGCACCUGCUGAUAUCAGCGAGUGGGCUUUGUCAGGUUUGACUCAACGUCCUUCAGAGACUAUAAAACCUCCUCACGUAGCAGAAUCGGCGUUUUCAAUGGAAUGUACACUUGAACAUUUUCACGAGUUGAUUGGAGAUGAGGGUAAACCAACUCAUAGUGUAGUAUUGGGUAGAAUCAAACGAUUCCAAGUUAAAGAAUUCGUUUUAGACCCAAAUGAUCCAUUCAAAGUUAUGACUGAAAAAUUGAGACCCAUGAGUAGAUUAGGCGGCAUAACUUAUUCACGCACGACUCAGAUGGUUGAAGUACCUCGUCCUGUUUGGGAUCAAGUUAAAGAUACUGAUGAAGUCAAAGCUGCACUGGCGAAAGGUGUCAAAAAAGUAUGA